AUGGCACGACGUCGAGCCAUCCCCACGCUCUGCCGCCGUUGUCACGGAUCGAGCUAUAAUCCUGGCGACUCCUUGUCUUGCCUCGUGACAGAGAGCACGAUCCCGGUUCACCACGCCACUCCACCUCCCGACCACCUCACUGCAGUACGACUGUCACAUCAGAUCCCACCGUCAAGCAUGUGGCUCAACCACACAGACAUCCGGUUAGAGCAUCUUUGCAGCCUCACGAUAUGGUGGUUGCCACAGCCUUGUAGCAACACAACCAUGUUGCCAGAUCUAGCAGCCACCACCAACUCGGCCUCACGGCCGGUUUGA